CCUCAAUACUCUCUCUCUCUCUCUCUCUCACACACACAUUAUAUGCUUUUUCUUACUUCCCUCAACUUUUUUUUCAUAUUUAUUUACGCUUCCAAUUUUCACAAACCAUGUAGUACUAUAUAUAUAUAUCGCUCUUGAUUCAUAUCUUUUAUUGGUACAGUAUUGUGAAAUUGUGAAUGAAAAAAGUUUGAGUAGUAUUGUGGGUUGUUGUAAAAAUGGGUUCCAUAAGAGGGGUGAAGAAAAGAAAGAAAAAAGAUGUCAUUGCAGUUGCAGCAGCAGCAGCAACAACACCAUUCUACUCUCAACCUCAUCACCCUUUUGACUGGUGGUAUCACUUCUCCAACAGAAUCACAGGACCUCUAGCUAAAUCUAAAGAUAGAGAGAAAUUCGAAUCUGUUUUCAAGGUCUCAAGAAAGACAUUCAACUAUAUAUGUUCUCUUGUGGAAAAAGACAUGCUGGCCAAAUCCUCAGGUUGUGUUGAUUUAAAUGGCAAACGCUUAUCUUCGAAUGACCAAGUGGCCAUUGCUUUUAUUAGGCUUAGCUCUGGUGAGUCAUUGACAACCAUUGGCGAUUCAUUCCAGUUGAACCAGGCAACUGUUUCCCAGAUAACAUGGAAGUUUGUGGAAGCAAUGGAAGAGAGAGGUCUGCGCCAUCUUACUUGGCCUUCAACUGAAAUGGAAAUGCAAGAGAUAAAGUCCAAGUUCGAGAACAUUCGGGGCCUUACUAACUGUUGUGGUGCAGUUGACAGUACACACAUAAUGAUGACUUUGCCUAGUGUAGACCCUGAGAGUAGUGUAUGGCUUGACCGUGAGAAGAAUUGCAGCAUGGUUUUGCAAGCCAUUGUGGAUCCGGAUUUGAGAUUCCGUGACAUAGUUACCGGAUGGCCUGGAAGUGUGAGUGAUGACCAUGUUCUUCGAAGCUCCACAUUUUUCAAACUUACUGAAGAAGGGAAGAGGUUAAACGGAGGUAAUAAAAUACUUCCGGAUGAAACAGUGUUGAGGGAAUAUAUAGUUGGGGAUACAGGGUUCCCCCUUUUGCCAUGGCUUCUUACUCCUUAUGAAGGCGAAGGCCUAUCUAAUGUUCAGGUUGAGUUUAACAAAAGGAUUGCUGCAACACAAAUGGUGGCGAAGAGAGCAUUGGCAAGGCUGAAGGAGAUGUGGAAGAUAAUUGGAGGAGUGAUGUGGAAGCCUGAUAAACGCAAGUUACCAAGAAUUGUUCUUGUUUGCUGCAUAUUACAUAAUAUAGUUAUUCAUCUAGAGGAUGAAGUGCAGGAUGAUAUGCCAUUGAGCCGCCAUCAUGAUUCAGGAUAUCAAGAUCAAACUUGUGAAUUCGCAGACGAUACUGCCUGCACUAUGAGAGAGAAGCUGUCUCUCUACUUAUCAGGAAAACUGUCAACUUGAAAGAUCAUUCAUUCUAUUUGUUACAAUCCAAUUGGAGCUAUGUUGAAAUGGAUUUUUACUCCCAAUAUUCAUGUUGGUUACAACUAACUUUGACAAAAAUAAAUAUAGAUAAUUUUGGUUGA